AUGUCGCAGGGAGGUAAUUGGUCACGGAUGAUGUCUGACGAUGUUGACGUUGAUGACAUUGCAAUUUUACCCAUUGGUACCCAGCCUAGUCAACCUAAUGCUGUAAAGAGGAUGCCAAUCCGUGCUGCCAACUACACUCCAGAGGAAGAUCUCCAAUUAUGUGAAUCAUGGGAGAACAUAAGCUUGGAUCCUAUCACUGGAAAUGAGCACCUAGCAAAGCGUAUUGGAAGCGAAUUCAUGAAAACUUUCAUGCCAACAAAAAAAUUGUAUCUGAUAGGAAUGCAAAUUCUUUGGAGCAUAGCUCAAACCCCUGACUCCUCCAUGCCUAGCAGUAAAAGGCCUAUGGGGAGGAAGCAAGCAAAGGAGAAGCUGAAGAAAGGAGGAGAACCAACAAAUUAUAACUUGAUAGAGAAAUUUCUUAAAGAGAAAGAAUCUAUGCGACAGGAUAGGUGGCAAGAGAGCAAGGUGCUGCAUGAGCGCAAAUUAUCACUUGAAGAGUGCAAGAUUGCAAAUGAGGAGAAGAAGACCCUAUGA